UCAACUCAAAGUGUGCUGUAUUUAUUUUGAAAAAAUGCGUUUUUAUCAAACAAAAUGAUGAUGCAAGUCACUCCAAUACCACAACCAUUAGCUGAACCCAUGGGGGUUAGCCCUGAGGGCUUGGUGAAAGAGCCUGAAGAACAGCUGCCUGGAGUCAAUCCUGCAAUGGAAGAGGAAACUUUGCCGCUGGUGGAACAAGAACCCCACAUAUUACACGACCUCGCAUUAGUGGAGCACCUCCUCAUCACCAGACGUCUCCGUGUGAAAGCCGUGCUGUUCUUCAAAGGGAAGAGAAACAGAUUCUAUGUGAGGACGCCUGAUAACAAACUCGUAUAUACCGUCGAAGAACGAAACAGCUGGUGGGUAGGCUACUUCUGCUACGGACUUCGUCCAUUCCAGCUGCACGUGCGAGACGCCUCAGGUGCCGAGGUGAUGAGAAUCAACCGCCCCUACGCCUGCACCUCCCGCAUCUUCCCCUGUCAGCUGCAGCACAUCCAGAUUUUUUCUCCGCCUGGCACCCGAAUAGGCAGCAUACAGCAAAAGUGGACCCCUAUCAGACCGGAAUAUGAUGUGAAGAGGGAAAACGGAGAACAGGUGUUUUGGAUACAAGGUCCGCGCAUAACGAUCAGCUGUUUCCGUGACAUCCAGUUCCGCAUAUACAGGACGGACGGCACCCUUGUCGGCAGCACCUGCAAGCGCUGGCAGGGCGUCUUGCAUGCCAUGUUCUUCGCAGCAGUCUCCGACAAGUUCGGUGUGGCUUUCGAACGAAACCUGUCAACGGAAGAGAAAGCUUUGCUCCUUGCCGCGACUCUACUUCUCGACUACAUGUACUAUGACGUGUGA